AUGCUUCCCAGCCCGAUGACUUCCACGCCGUUUUCGGUGAAGGAUAUACUAAAGCUUGAGCAACAGCAGCAGCAGCAGAGCUAUGUCUUCUCGCAGCACGCGACUUUACCGGAGCUGGACGUGCCUCCGAUGCAGUCUCUGCAGUGCAUGCACAAUGCGCUCAGCCGCAGCCUGGACUUGCUCUACAGCCCGGAGAAAGGCAACUUCGGGGCGGCUGAACAGCAGAGGUGUGGCGGCGUGAAUUCAGAUGAUGACAUGCUGCGCGGCUGUAGUUCCCCCACGGAGGACGAAGCAGAUAUCAUGGACGACUCAGGUACGUGCAGUGGGGACCUCGCGGAUCCCAAAGCGAGGAGGGACGACAGUAGGCCGAAGCAGAGACUCCGCCGGAAGCCCCGCGUGCUCUUCUCCCAGACGCAGGUGCUGGAGCUCGAGCGACGCUUCAACCAGCAGCGCUAUUUGUCUGCGCCGGAAAGAGACCACUUGGCCACACUACUAAAGCUCACGUCCACUCAGGUCAAAAUAUGGUUUCAGAACAGGCGAUAUAAGUGCAAGAGACAACGGCAAGACAAAACACUGGAGUUAGCGGGACACCCGGUUCCUCCCAGAAGAGUUGCCGUGCCCGUGCUAGUGCGGGAUGGAAAGCCCUGCCUUGCCCCCACGCACACGACCCCGUACAAUGUUACAAUGGGCUCAUACACCUACAACACUUAUUACAGCAGUUAUGGCAAUAACCCAUACAACUGUAACUACGCCGGUGUUUCGCCCUUGGUGAAUACAACACAGAUGCAAAGUCCUAUUGCCGACCUGGGCCUAGCGAUGAGCAAUGUUGAGGGAGCCGUCAACCAACAAGGACCUUUUCAAAGUUCUCUCCCGGGAAUAAGAGCUUGGUAA